UAUCAUUUCCUAGAACUACAUUUCCCAUGAAUCCAAAGUCGACUUCCGGUUGAGAGAACAACCGCCAACUUGGGGAGUUAUGGGCUGUCUUUCAUCGUUUUAACAAUUUUAUUAAUUUGCAAAAACAACACGAUGCUUCGCCGAAAACCGACCCGUCUCGAGCUGAAGCUGGACGAUACCGAGGAGUUUGAGAGUGUGAAGAAGGAACUGGAGAGCAGAAAGAAACAACGAGAUGAAGUGGACGUGGUCGGAGUCACACCGACUGAGAUGAGCAGCUCUGUCGGAGGAUCAGACGGGAAAACCCGAGAGCAAACCAUUCACGAGCGAAUAGGAUACAAGCCUCACCCGAAGUCGAACACACUUCCGUCGUUCUUUGGGAACCUCCAGUUUUGAGUAAACUGACUGGCAUGUUUUGCACCAAUGCCUUUUUUUUUUCUUUUUUGAAAAAUUGCAAACUGUUUCUAGUUUCUGUUCUAAUUGAGGAGGAUGGAAGCCAGAGCCACUCCAUACUCAAGAGUUCACAUGGCAAACUGUUUUUAAUGUGUGUUUUUGUAAUAAUUUCAAGUGAUUAUUAACAAUAAAAAGAAUGUAUAUACUGUA